UGCUGACGCAGAUUGUACAGAAUUGAAAGAUGGAACAGAGAUUGGCUAACACUUGGUGCAUGACAGUGAAUGAGAAGAAAUUCAUUGAGACUGCUCUGCUUUCAGACCUCAGAGUUGAUGGUCGUCGCCCGUUUGACUAUCGCCACUUAACUGUUAGUUUCGGAAGAGAGGAUGGUUCAUCGGAGGUGCAACUGGGUCAGACUCGUGUUAUGGGUAUUGUCACUUCUCAAAUGGUACAACCUUAUCGAGAUAGGCCAAAUGAAGGGACUCUGUCAAUUUAUACUGCAUUUUCACCAAUGGCUGACCCUUCAUUUGAGGCAGGGCGACCUGGGGAGUUUGCUGUGGAACUGGGACGUAUAAUAGACCGUGGUCUAAGGGAAAGCAGGGCUGUGGAUACAGAAUCACUCUGUGUUGUUGCUGGGAAGUUAGUAUGGUCCAUCCGUGUUGAUCUUCACAUUUUGGAUAAUGGAGGGAAUCUUGUUGAUGCUGCUAAUAUUGCGGCUUUGGCUGCACUUCUGACAUUCCGAAGACCUGAAUGUACAUUAGGAGGAGAAGAUGGUCAAGAAGUGAUAAUUCAUCCACCUGAGGUGAAGGAGCCUCUUCCACUGAUAAUACAUCAUCUACCCAUAGCAGUGACCUUUGCAUUUUUUGGUGAUGGUAACACUGUGGCAAUAGAUCCUACUCACUAUGAAGAAGCUAUAAUGGGAGGAAGGAUGACUGCUACUUUGAAUUCCAAUGGUGAUGUUUGUGCAGUCCAAAAGGCUGGUGGAGAGGGUGUCAUGCAGAGUGUGAUAAUGCAGUGUUUGCGUAUUUCUUCUGUUAAAGUCACUGAUAUAACAAGCAAAAUAAAAAAUGCUUGACACAGAGACGAAACAAGGAACAAAAAGUAUCAAGACAUGAUAAAAGGCUUACCAAAGUCGAGGCCGAGGAGCCUGUACUAGAUGUUUGUGAUAAUAGGCCUGCCCCAAUUGAAGCCAGUGGAGCACAAAAGAGUGUGAAUGAAGAUAAUACUUUGAAAGAUGCUGUGAAGCCGAAAAACAAGAGGAAAAAGAAAGUAUCUUCCACCUCAUGAAGUUAAGACUGACCAUAGUUGUAAAGGCAACCAGGCAACUCAAGGUGCUGGAGGGGGCUUGGACAU